AUGGCAUUUGAACAGCGCAUUGAUACGCAUGCACACUUCCUGCCGCCAUUUUAUCGCCAAGCGUGUAUUGACGCAAAUUUCACACAGCCAGAUGGAAUGCCCAAAUUACCGGAAUGGCAUCUGGAAGGCCAUAUUGCUCUCAUGGACAAGUUGAAUAUCGCCAGGUCCAUCCUAUCAAUCAGUUCCCCUGGCACAUACCUCAUUGAGGGUAAAAAAGAGGACGCUCGCAAUCUAACACGGGCGUGCAACGAUUAUGCUGCUGGUUUGGUCUUGAAGCAUCCUUCUCGUCUGGCGCUUUGGGCCUCUUUACCUUUGCCAGACAUUGAAGGCAGUUUGGUAGAACUAUCGCAUGUAUUGGAUGGUUUAAAUGCCAAUGGCAUCACCCUUGAAACUAACCACCACGGGUUUUAUCUUGGUGAUUCCAUUUUUGAUCCUAUAUUCGAUGAGCUCAACCGACGCCAUGCAAAAGUUUUCAUUCAUCCGACCACUGCGUGCGUGCGACAAGGUCAAGACCAAUGCAUCUCGGUCCCUGCUACUCCAUUAACAAACUUUCCGAAUCCAGUAUUCGAAUUUCUCUUUGAUACUGCUCGGGCAGUCAUCAAUCUUUUCGUAUCGGGAACGAUCUCUCGGUGUCCGAACAUCACAUUCGUGAUACCACAUGCAGGCGGUGCUCUUCCUCCAUUAAUUGAGCGGUUCACUUCGUUUGGUCCAAUCAUAGGAGCAGGCUCACAUUUAACAAGUCUUUUUGUAAAGGAAACUUUCUCCAAGCAAUUCUAUUUUGACUUGGCCGGCUUCCCUUUUCCCGACCAGAUACAUGGCCUGUUAAAGUAUGUCAAGCCAGAAAGGCUGCUGUAUGGAACUGAUUAUCCUUUCACCCCUGAAGGCGUUGUCAUGAACCUCGCUAGUAUAAUGAGAACAGAGAUGGCUCUCAUUUGGAGCGAGCCCGAGAGGGAAGCAAUCCUCUACAAAAAUGCUACGAGACUGCUAUGA